CACGAGCAUCAGCUACCACGAGUCUGAGAACUUGCCAGCAUCCAUCAGUGUACACUUACGGUCUGUCAAAAUGGUGGCUGAUUGUGUGAUCACCAACGAAUGCGCCCUGGCGGUGUCAGCCGAAAGGAUGUGGAAGGUGAGCUGCUCCGGCGAGACCUUGCUCAAGGCCUGCGCGGAUUUCUUUGUCGCCGUGAAUGUGGAGGGCGAUGGUGGCCCUGGCAGCGUCAUCACUUCGACGCUCAGCGCCGCGGCAGCCGCUGCCUCAGGUGGUAGCUUCGUAAGGGACCGCGUGGUGGCGCGCGACGACGCGGCGCGGGUGCUAAGGACUGAGGUGCUGGAGGGCGGAAAGGUGAGGAACCAGCUCAAGUUUAUGGUGAACGAGGUGAAGUUCGAGGUGGCUGGGGACGACGCCUGUGUGGCCAAGUUUAGGGUGGAGUACGAGAGGAUCGACGGCGACGGUGCGCUGGCACCGGAGGACCAAGCGGUGAUUGUUGAGGGUUACCUCGGCAUCUUAAAGGCGAUUGAGGCCUACCUUGUCGCCAACCCUUCCGAAUACGCCUAAUUCAACACAGAAGAGAAAGAUGACGGUGAUUAUGGAGUCAUAGCGAAGAAUAAAGAAGUAUAAGGGGUUUGAUGUUUA